AUGCACGGCGCCGAGAAAGGGACUCUUCAGCAGGCGCUAUCGAUGGCACAGGAGGCCGUGAAGCUGGAUACGGCGAAAGACAGUCAUGGCGCCGUCCGUGCUUAUAUCCAGAGUAUAAAAACUUUGGAUACAGUUGUCCAGCGGUUGACCUCGUCCAGCCAGCCAGAUGAGUUGCAGCGGGUCACAAGCAUACGGGACACGUACAUCGAACGGGUGAAGCUCCUGAGCCAGAGAUACUCUAUCCCCAACGAGUUCAAUCCACAAAGUCAGUCAUAG